AUGCACGCAAGCGAGGUUGGAGAUGAGAACAAACCGAGUACAGUCAUGAAUCAUGGAAGUUGCGUGCAUGAGGAUGAUCAGGAGAAGAGUACAAGGCAUAAUUCCGAAGAUUCGGCUAGCAUCUGUGUUGAAGAAAGGAUAAGCACCAUCAAAAGCUUCUGCGUAUUCCGUGCCAGGGAAAUUUGGCCAUCCUGCCUACAAGAAGUGGCCUCGACGAUGCAGGAAAUGGUUUUGGAAGAAGGAACAACGGUGACAAAAAGAGGACAACCUGGGCAGGACAUGUACUGGAUAAUGUCAGGGAGCUGCGCUUGUGUCCUGGAUGACGAAGAAAUCGACCACCUGACAAUUGGGCGAUGCUUCGGUGAGGUGACUGUCGUUGAACUGUGCAAGCGCUUGCUGAGCGGAGAGUCGUUCGAUAUGGCAUCGAAGGAGUGUCUCAGAAUGGCAGAUAUUCGCACUCUGGAGCGAUGCCAUCUUUUGAAACUGUCGUACCUGGAUAUGCUCCCGUUGAUACGGAGAAUCCCCAACCUGUGGAGCUCUCUGGACGAGAUGUCGCGCAUCAACAUCGGCAAGGUUGAGUUGAAGAGGCAGAAAGACCGCUAUCAAAAAUCCCUCGAGCUCAUGGACGUGGAGGAAAGAGUGGAUGCUCUCAUGGCCUCGCCUUGCGUCGUUUCCCGCAACGUUGAUCCCUCCUGCUUGAAAACCAUCGCGAAGAAGUUGCAAGUGUGUGCGAUUCCAGAGGGAGACCUGGUAAUCUCCCAGGGCAAAUUCGGCGAUAACAUGUACUGGGUCGUCUCAGGAACUUUCUCCUGCUCUGUGGAUGGUGUCGAGAUCGACACGCUGACCAGGGGGCAGUGCUUCGGGGAGAUGACCAUGAUCAAGUUGUGUCGGCUGCGCAAGAGCGGCGUGCCCGAGAGCGAGAUCAGGAGCAAGUGCAUGCGGGCAGCGGACGUGAGGGCCGUGGAGAAGUCUGUGGUCCUGAAGCUCAGCUACGCCGAUGCGCUCUACCUGAUGAGGACCGCUCCCAAUCUGUGGUGCUCCCUGGAAGACAUCUCGAAACAGAGGUCUACAAGGAUGGAGCGCUUGUCUACCGUCGUUGAGUGA